CAGAGCCCAAGGGGCAAAGAUAUAAGCUAAUAGAGAAGAGCCCCGGUAGCUCUCUAUUAGCAUUUGAAUAAAGAAAGAAAAAGGGGGGAGAAAUCAUAAGAAAAAAAGAUUAGAAAAAUAUUCAUUGCGGAAACCAAAAAAAAUACUUGUUCAAGAUGUCUUCGGACGGGAAGAACAAGAGGAUCAUUAUUAUGAGCGUGUCUGGAGUUUUGCUGAUUGCCUUGGUGGUUGCUGUAGUGAUUGGUGUUGGGAAGAACAGCAACAGCCAUGCCAGUGCAGGACCUGCAGGUGCUUCACCUUCUGGGAUAUCCACUUCCAGCAAGGCGAUUAAGGCCAUCUGCCAGCCUGUUGAUUAUAAGGAUGCAUGCGAAAAGAGCAUGAAUUCUGCCGCUCCAAACACCACCGACCCUAAAGAGCUAAUCAAGGUUGGGUUUCAGGUGGCCAUGGAUGAGAUCAAGAAGGCCAUGGCGAACUCGACCACGUUGAAGAAUGUGGCCAAGGAUCCGAUGGCAAAACAGGCUCUUGACAAUUGUCAGGAGUUGAUGGAUUAUUCCAUUCAGGACCUGAAGAACUCUUUUGAUCAAUUGGGUGCUUUUGACCUCACCUCAAUGGAUGAUUAUUUGGAAGAUCUCAAGGUUUGGCUCAGUGGCUCCAUUACUUACCAGCAAACUUGCCUGGACGGAUUUGAUAAUACCACUGGUGAGGCGGGUGCCAAGAUGAAGGAGAUUCUUAAGACAUCUCAGGAGCUUACAAGCAAUGGUUUGGCUAUGAUUACCGAGUUUACAUCCAUCCUAGCAAAUCUGGGUAUCCCUGGCUUUAGCAGCAACGGCGGCGGUAGUGGUGGAGAAAGGAGGCUCCUGGCUGAAGAUGGAAUGCCCUCAUGGGUCUCUACUGGACAGCGAAGACUUCUCGCGGCAAACCCAGCCACCAUAAAACCUGAUGUAAUAGUUGCCAAGGAUGGAAGUGGUAAAUAUAAAACCAUCAAUGAAGCCAUAAAAGAUAUACCUAAGAAGGGGAACAAGACGUUUGUGAUUUAUAUUAAGCAGGGAGUGUAUGAAGAGCAAGUGAACCUCGUUAAGUCCCACACUAAUGUCAUGUUUCUUGGCGACGGCCCCACUAAGACCAAGAUCACCGGUAGCCUAAACUGGGCUGACGGAACCGGCACAUACAAGACUGCAACAGUUGGUAUAGCCGCAGACAAUUUCAUGGCCAAGGAUAUAGGGUUCGAGAACUCCGCCGGAGCUAUAAAGCACCAAGCUGUGGCGCUGCGUGUGUCUGGUGACAAGGCCAUUUUUUACAACUGCCAGAUGGAUGGAUACCAAGACACCCUCUACGCCCACAACCACCGUCAGUUCUACCGCGACUGCACCAUCACCGGCACCAUCGACUUCAUCUUUGGUGACUCACCAUCAUUCUUCCAGAACUGCAAGAUCAUUGUCAGGAAGCCUCUUCCCAACCAACAAUGCAUAGUCACCGCCCAAGGUAGGAUAGAAAAACGUCAGGUCUCUGCCAUUGUCCUCCAGAACUGUACCAUCUCCGGUGAUCCAGAGUACAUCCCCGUCAAGGACAAGAACAGGGCAUACCUCGGCCGUCCCUGGAAGGCAUUCUCCAGAACCAUCAUAAUGCAAAGCCAAAUUGACGACAUCAUCGCCCCUGAAGGAUUUCUUCCAUGGGCAGGUGACUUCGCCCUCAACACUCUGCUCUACGUCGAGUACAAUAACAGGGGACCUGGUGCCGAACAAUCUAAAAGAGUUACAUGGAAGGGUAUCAAGAAGUACAAUGCCGACGCGAUACAGAAAUACACCGCCGCAAGGUUCUUCGGCGGUAAUUCAUGGAUCCCUCAGACUGGAGUUCCUUACGUUCCUGGAAUGAUUCCUGGGUUGUAAGGAAUCAAUCUUUGGCAGACGGUUUGCGCCAGGAUGAAUGAUGAAAAUGAAUUGAACAGCUUAUUGAUAAAUCGGAUGCAGGGGAGGUGGGCCUAUGGUCUCCUCCCUUGGCCGUGUGUAUUUGUGCUGAUGAUCCAUAGUUUGUGAUUGCUUAUUAAAUUUUAUUUUUCACUUUUAUUACAUAUAAAAAAAUUUUAUUUAU